AAAAACCCUAUCGUCCCUCCCGCGCAGCCACCAGCGAAGCAGCGGGGCACGCGGACGAGCCGAGCGAGGCGGAGGCGGAGGAGGGGAGAUGGCGCGCGGCGUGGUGGCUGGGGCGAAGGGUGGUGCGGCCGCCGGCGGCGGCAAGAAGAAGGGCUCCGUCACGUUCACGAUCGACUGCACCAAGCCCGUCGAGGACAAGAUCAUGGAGAUCGCCACGCUCGAGAAGUUCCUGCAGGAGCGCAUCAAGGUCGCUGGAGGCAAGGCCGGCCAGCUCGGCGAGGGCGUCACCGUCACCCGCGAUAAGUCCAAGGUCACCGUCACCUCCGACGGGCCUUUCUCUAAGAGGUACCUGAAGUACUUGACCAAGAAGUACCUGAAGAAGCACAAUGUGCGUGACUGGCUCCGAGUUGUAGCGGCAAGCAAGGACCGCAGUGUAUAUGAGCUACGGUACUUCAACAUUGCUGAGAACGAGGAGGAAUAGGAGGCUUAGACCUUAUAGACGCACCGCCUUAUCUCUGUCAUAUGAACUCUGGAUGUGUUGAGACACUCAUACUGUAGCCUUUUAAGGGAUGAGUUUUGAUGUUUAAAUUGGUCUUCUGAAUGUUUUUAAGCGUGCUGGGACUUCUCAUGUGAUGCUUACAUAAUCGAGUCCAAGAAUUGAUGGUUCUUGC